GAAGAGCGCGGCGCGGGCGCCCACCGCCCGCCGACGGCCCAGCCGGAGAUGCCGGCCCUGCACGUGGAGGAGCUGCCGGAGACAGAGAAGCUCAGGCUGGAGGUGGAGCAGCUCCGCAAGGAGGUGAAGCUGCAGCGGCAGCGGGUGUCAAAAUGUUCUGAAGAAAUAAAGAACUACAUUGAGGAGCGCUCUGGAGAGGAUCCUCUGGUGAAGGGAAUUCCAGAAGACAAAAAUCCCUUUAAGGAAAAAGGGGGCUGUGUUAUUUCAUAAAGAACUCUGGGGAGAAGCCGCAGCCUCAGCAGCAGGCUAGUUUGUUUUCUUUUCUCAAAUGAAACCCGCAUGCCUUUGAAGGAAGGGGCCAUGACACAUGGAGAAACCUCCUGGUGCAUUCUGUUGCCGGGUCGCAGCCGCGCCCCCCUACACACCUGGCUGUUCUGAGAGAGCAGAGUGUCAGAUGUGGGGUUGCGGAGGGAAGAAUGUGACUUGUGCGUGAUUCACUCCUCUCAGUAUACUGCUUGAUGCCUCAAAUAAAAUUGUAUCUUGGGAAAA